AUGCCUCAGAAUGAGUAUAUGGAACGCUUUGCCAAGCAGCAUGGCAAGCGUCUCGAUCACGAUGAGCGCAAGCGCAAGAGACAGGCCAGAGAGGGCCACGCCGGCUCCGAAAAGGCUCAGAACUACCGCGGUCUGCGCGCGAAGCUGUACCAGGAGAAGCGUCGCAAGGAGAAGAUCCAGAUGAAGAAGCAGAUCAGAGCCCACGAGGAGCGCAACGUCAAGUCCAGCGACGCCGCAGAACCAUCAAACACCCCUCUGCCCGCCUACCUGCUCGACCGCAGCAACGAGCAGAAUGCAAAGGCUCUUUCUUCCGCCAUCAAGAACAAGAGAGCCGAGAAGGCUGCCAAGUUCAGCGUACCUCUGCCCAAGGUCAGAGGUAUUGCCGAGGAGGAGAUGUUCAAGGUCGUCAAGACCGGAAAGAAGACUGCAAAGAAGAGUUGGAAGAGAAUGAUCACCAAGCCCACUUUCGUCGGCCCCGACUUUACUCGCCGUCCUGUGAAAUACGAGAGAUUUAUCCGUCCCAUGGGUCUCCGUUACAAGAAGGCCAACGUCACCCACCCCGAGCUCGGUGUCACCGUCCAACUCCCCAUCAUUUCCGUCAAGAAGAACCCCCAGAACCCCAUGUACACUCAACUCGGUGUCUUGACCAAGGGUACCAUCAUCGAGGUCAACGUCUCCGAGCUCGGUCUGGUCACCGCCGGUGGAAAGGUCGUCUGGGGUCGUUGGGCCCAGGUUACCAACAACCCCGAGAACGACGGCUGCUUGAACGCUGUUCUGCUCGUUUAA